AUGUUCACAGCUUCUCUUUUCUCGGCUCCUCGUCCAACUGCAGGUGAUGAGUACCGCGCUCAACUUGUGUCUUCUGGACUCUCUCAGCAAGCCGUCGACGGGAUUCUUAAUGCCAGUGGGACCGCGUAUGUUUCUUUUGCGGAAAAUGGUACCAAUGCCAACUUCGGGAGUGCUAUCGACGCCGUGACCAAGUGGAAAAUGACUACAAAAUGA